AUGACAGACAAAGGAUUUUCACUGCUUCGUCCGAUCUUCUUCUUCACAUCCUUCUUUGUAACGUUGCACCUCGUUCAUGGAGACCUGAGUUAUUCCAUACCAGAAGAGAUGAAACGCGGGUCUGUCAUUGGGAAUGUAGCCAAAGAUCUCGGUCUUGAUCUAAGGACUUUUGUUUCUAGACAGGCCCGUUUGGAUUUUGAGGGAACUCGGAAAAGGUACUGUGACAUCAAUCUGAAUACCGGAGAUUUGAUCACAUCGGAGAGAAUGGACAGAGAAAGCCUUUGUGACAAGAAACCCUCGUGUGUUGUUAAAGUAGAUCUGGUGUUAGAAAAUCCUCUGGAGCUUCAUCGUGUUAGUAUUCAUGUUCAAGAUGUUAACGACAACUCGCCAAAAUUCAGAGAGAAUUUGAUUGCGAUGGAAAUACACGAGUUGGCUGAAAAGGGAAACCGCUUUUCUAUCGAGGAGGCCCAUGACGCAGAUAUUGGUCAAAAUGCUGUUCAAAGGUACAACCUCCAAAAAAAUGACCAUUUCAUUUUAUCAGUGGACAACAAUAGGGUUGAACUCGUGCUGGAUAAUAAACUCGAUCGAGAGAAACAGAAGGAGAUCAAUUUGCUCCUCACAGCUUUAGAUGGAGGCUCUCCUCAGAGAUCAGGUACUGUAGUCAUACACGUCACUGUACUGGAUGCUAAUGAUAACGCCCCAGUGUUCAGUCAGGCCGUCUAUAAAGCCAGUCUGCCUGAAAACUCCCCUUUAGAUACCAUAGUGAUUAAAGUAAGUGCUACAGACGCAGAUGAAGGAGUCAAUGGAGAUGUGACAUAUGACUUUGGUCACGUGUCUGAUAUGUAUGUAAAUUUAUUUUGUAUUAAUCCAAAAUCUGGAGAAAUUAAAGUAACUGGUGUGAUUGACUUUGAGGAAAGUAAUUCCUUUGAAAUGAGAGUGCAAGCUAAAGAUGGUUUAGGUCUUAUCUCAUACGCCAAAGUUAUAAUAGAUGUUAGUGAUGUGAAUGACAAUGCUCCAGUGAUAUACCUGAAAUCACUGACUAACCCCAUACCUGAGAACGUGUCACCUGGUACAGAGGUGGGCAUCAUUAACGUGCAGGAUAGAGACUCAGAGAUUAACGGUCAGGUCCGCUGCUCCAUUCAGCAAAAUGUCCCUUUUAAGUUGGUUCCUUCUAUUAAAAACUAUUAUUCUGUGGUGAGCACAGGACAACUGGACCGUGAACUAGUGUCUGAUUACAACAUUACAAUCACUGCCACUGACGAGGGCUCUCCACCUCUGUCCUCCUCUAAAACUGUUCAGUUAUCUGUAGCAGACAUCAACGACAACCCACCUGUGUUUGAGGAACAGUCGUACAGCGCAUAUGUGAGUGAAAAUAACAAACCUGGCUCCACUUUAUGUUCCGUUAGUGCUCGAGACCCCGACUGGAGACAGAACGGUACAGUGGUUUAUUCUCUGUUAUCCGGUGAGGUGAACGGUGCCCCGGUGUCCUCCUAUGUGUCAGUGAACGGAGACACGGGGGUGAUCCACGCUGUGAGGUCGUUUGAUUAUGAACAGUUCAGGAGCUUUAAAGUGCACGUGAUGGCCAGAGACAACGGUUCUCCUCCGCUCAGCAGCAACGUGACCGUGAGUGUGUUCAUAUCGGAUGUGAAUGAUAACUCUCCUCAGAUACUGUACCCCGCCCCGGAGGGCAACUCCUUCAUGACCGAGCUGGUCCCCAAAGCUGCACACGGAGGCUCUCUGGUGUCCAAAGUGAUAGCGGUGGACGCGGACUCCGGACAGAAUGCCUGGCUGUCCUAUCAUAUAGUGAAAUCCACUGAUCCGGGACUUUUCACUAUUGGUGUCCACAGCGGAGAGAUCAACCAGCGGGACAUUUCUGAGUCUGACAGCAUGAAACAGAACCUUAUUGUGUCAGUGAAAGAUAACGGACAGCCCUCUCUGUCUGCCACCUGUUCCAUGUAUUUACUGAUUUCUGAUAACUUGGCUGAGGUGCCAGAACUGAAGGACAUUUCUUAUGAUGAGAAGAACUCCAAACUGACCUCUUAUCUGAUCAUCGCGCUGGUGUGUGUGUCCACCUUUUUUCUGACCUUCAUCAUCAUCAUCAUGGGUGUGAGGUUUUGUCGCAGGAGAAAGCCCAGACUGUUGUUUGACGGAGCAGUCGCCAUCCGCGCUUAUCUUCCUCCUAAUUACGCAGAUGUUGACGGCACAGGGACUUUACGCAGCGCUUACAAUUAUGACGCCUACCUGACAACAGGGUCUCGAACCAGUGACUUUAAGUUUGUGUCAUCUUACAAUGACAACACACUGCCUGCUGACCAGACUCUGAGGAAAAGCCGACAGACUUUGCUGACCUUUGAAGACCUCGAUACUUCAUUAGAGAUGUUAACGACAACUCGCCACAAUUCACCGAGAAUUGUUGAGAUGGAAAUACAGAGUUCAGCUGAAAAGGGAAACCGCUUUUCUAUCGAGGAGGCCCAUGACGCAGAUAUUGGUCAAAAUGCUGUUCAAAGGUACAACCUCCAAAAGAAUGACCAUUUCAUUUUAUCAGUGGACAACAAUAAGGUUGAACUCGUGCUGGAAAAACUUGAUCGAGAGAAACAGAAGGAGAUCAAUUUGCUCCUCACAGCUUUAGAUGGAGGCUCUCCUCAGAGAUCAGGCACUGUAGUCAUACACGUCACUGUACUGGAUGCUAAUGAUAACGCCCCAGUGUUCAGUCAGGCCGUUAUAAAGCCAGUCUGCCUAAAACUCUCCUUUAGAUACAUAGUGAUUAAAGUAAGUGCUACAGACGCAGAUGAAGGAGUGAACGGAGAUGUGAGUUAUGACUUUCG